AUGAGCAGACAAUAAUUUAGGAAUGCAAGAAUGAGUCUGUUCGUAGGCAACAUUUCAAGAUUGGUUGAGUAGAAGGAUAUAGAGAGAGAAUUUAAGGUCCAUGGUGAUUGCACUGUGGAUUUCAGAGUAAAAAAUAAUGACAGAUAUGCAUUCAUUUAAUAUAAAAGUGAAUAAGAAGCAGAAGCUGCAAAAAAUGCAUUGCAUUAAAGAGAUUUAUAGGGAUUGAGAAUAAAUGUUGAAUGGUCGAAAAAGUCAGGCAGAUAUGAUGAGAAUAGAGAACCCAGGAGAGAUCGACCUAGGGAUGAUAGAGGAUAAUCAAGAGGAAAUUAUGAUAGAUUUGAGAGAGAGAGGGAGAAGGAAAGAAAACCAAGAAGGAGAAACUCCAAAAGUAGAAGCAGAAGUAGAAGUCCUAAAAACAGAAGUAGUCCAUAGUAUCGAGUAUCCAGAAGUUAAAGUAUAGAUAGUGAAAAUGAACCUCCCAGAGAUAAAAUAUUGAGAAAGAAAUUGAAAGAAAUGAUUAGGAAAACAGACAAUGGAGAAUAUAAAGAUUGAGUAGUGAACAUUAUAAUUUUACAAUUAAUUCAAUUACAAGACUUAUAGUUGAUAGUAGUAAUAAAA